UACCAUCACCAUGUCUUCAGGCUUCGAGGAGACGACUUCUUAUGUAUGCGGUAGCGAGUUGCUGAAACGCCAAUUCCUGUUUUCACCUGGCUGGAGGAAUCUAAACCAUGGUAAGGAUCUGCCCUCAUCGCGAAGCAUCAAUGCUUCUGGUUCUAGAAACCAUACACUUGUGUCCGUCGUCUUCGGCGCCAGCUCCACCCACACCUGUCGCGGAACCAAGAUCUUCGGCACUUUCCCUCGUACCGUGAGAGACGCUCUAAGACAGUCUCAAGACGGAUGCGAGGCAAGACCCGAUAGCUACAUUCGCUUCGCCUAUCCUGAAGCGUUAGACGUAUCGAGGCAGGCCGUCGCAAAUUUGGUCAAUGCUCCUGUUGAUACCUGCGUCUUUGUGCCCAACGCCACGACUGGAGUAAACACCGUCCUACGCAGUCUGAAGUUUGCAGAAGGAGACGUCAUUCUGUACUUUGCCACGAUUUAUGGAGCAUGCGAAAAGACAGUUGCCUAUAUCACAGAAACAACCGCUGCCGAGUCAGUCAGGAUCGAUGAUCACAUCUACCCUGUGUCGGAUGACAAGCUAUGCGACGCGUUUGAGAAGGCAAUCGCUCGGACCAAAGCCUCCGGCAAGCAGCCUAAAGUAGCCAUUUUCGAUACCAUCGUCUCUUUGCCUGGUGUACGCGUUCCUUUCGAACGUCUGGUCUCUGUAUGCCGGUCUCAUGGCAUCUUGUCGCUUGUAGAUGGUGCUCAUAGCAUCGGCCACAUCCCCCUUGAUCUCGCACAGCUUGAUCCAGACUUCUUCAUCACAAACCUUCAUAAAUGGUUAUUUACGCCAAGAGGUUGCGCCCUACUCUAUGUUCCCGAGAGGAAUCAGGGUCUUAUUCGGUCUACACUGCCGACCAGUCACGGUUUUACCCCUUUGCCCAGCGGUGGGGCUAGGAUCAACAACCCUCUGCCGCCCAGCGCAAAACCCGCUUUCGCUGUCAAUUUCGAAUUUGUCGGAACGGUGGACAAUGCACCGUAUAUAUGCGUGCCUGCUGCUCUCAAAUUCAGGGAGACUAUUACAUGGCAAGGCAAGAGCGGUGAGGAUGCAAUCAUCAGCUUCACGCAGCACCAAGCACGCGAGGCAGGCAAGCUAGUGGCCGAGAUUCUGUCCACUGAGGUGAUGGAGAACGACCAAGGCACUUUGGGCAUAUGCAAUUUUGCAAAUGUUCGGCUACCCCUUGACCCCACCGCUCUAGCAGGUGGUGAAACUGGGAAGCCAGUGAAAAUCGCCCAGUGGAUCUCGGCCACGCUGGUUGAGGAGUACAACACCUUCAUCGCCAUCAUUUUCUACGGAGGCUCUUUUUGGGUCAGGCUCAGUGCGCAGAUUUACCUCACCAUGGAGGACUGGGAUUGGGCCGGCAAGGUUCUGAAGCAGGUCUGCGAAAGGGUCAGCAAGGGGGAGGCUUCGGGA